GUUUUUUUGAAAUUUCAGCGGUGAAGCGUUUGUUGUUGUGUCACAGGGAGCUGCGCUGCAGCCUUAUCACUACUGUUUGAUUUAAACAUUAUUCUCAUACUGAGGACUAAAAAUGUCUUUUUCAAGAGCUCCUUUGAAAAGGUUCAACGAGCACCUGGGUUGUGCCCCUGCUCCGGGAUCCUAUGAGGUUAAAUCUGGAGACCUGAAGGGAGCUGCUUCCUUCGACAAGACUGAUCGGUUCAAACUCCUGAAAGCAGCUGCUCUGCCUCCACCAUCACCCUCCAAAGCGUUCGUGUCACCUGUUCGCAGGACUAUGUCAGUUGAUGGUCUUGUUGAAGGUUCAAGUGUGAAGAAGGAAAAGAAUCUCAUGACUCUGGAAAGAAAGCAACAGAAACUCUUGGAGAAAGAGAUAAGAUCCCUGGUUCAACAGCGAGGGGAGCAAGAUCGUCGCUUGCUGGCUCUGGAAGAAGAUCUGAAGAAGGUGGAGGCAAAGCUUCUGGCUGCGGUCAGAGAGAAGACAGGCCUCGCUGCUAAUGUUACCACUCUUGAACGACAGCGGACUGAGCUCAAGAAAGUCAAUGAGUUCCUAAAGAACAAGGUGUCUGCAGACACUACAAAAAAGAGAAUACACUCUCUCUCAAUGGACUUAAUGGAGGCCAGGAACACUCUGGAUGCAAAGAACAAGGAGUUGAGUGUGCUGCAUAUCAACACUGAAGGCCAACUUAAGAUGCUCGAAACUGACCUCCAAGCUGCCCGAGCUACUGUCAGUGCACUAAAAGACAGGAAUAAAGACCUGGAGGAACUUCAUCAAGUGACCAAAACCCAGAAUGAAGAGCUGGAGAAUGAGAAUGCCAGGCUGCACAUUGUGAUACGGGAGCUGAGGGAGGAGAUCAAAGUUGUGCAGGAAUACCUAGAUAUAGCUAAUGACGAUAUCCAGGAUCUCCGCUUACAGCUGAAAGAGCAGACCCAGGAGAACACUGUUGCUGGUUCCCAGAUGGAGAAAGUGAAACAACUAGAGACGGAACUAGACCAGCGCACAACUGAAUUAAAAACUACUCAAGAUGAGCUGACACAUAAAGAAGAGGAAGCACAGAAAUUCCAGCAGGAGCUGCAGACUUCAAAAGAUGCUUUAGUGGAGGUAGAGAAGAGGUUGGAGAACCAGCAGCUGGAGCUUAAGUCUUCACAAAAGUCAGUGAGUGACAUGGAGGAGCAAAUGAAGUCAUCCAGCCAAGAUGUUCAAGAGUUCCAAGCAACUGUUCGGCAGCAGGAGGCAGAGCUCGCAAGGCUGAGGGAGGUGCUCAGAAGGACGGAGAAGGAGCUGGAUGAGAGAGUGGCACAUCUUGAACAGAGGUGUCUGUUCUCUGAGGAGGAGAGAAGCAAGACUCAGGAGCAGGGGCUGAGGAGAGUGGAGGAACUCAAAUCAGAGCUGAAUUUGCUAAAGGAGGCUAAAAGAGACGAGAGCAGCCGACUGAUUCAGCUUGAGCAAGAACACGCUGCUCUUACUCAGGAACUGACAAAAGAGAAGGCACUUGUUGACUCCCUGACUGUGCUGGUGGAGCAGGAGCGGGAGGAGUCUGAGGAGCGGUUCAGACAGCUGAAGGAGGAGAUGGAGGAGGUGCUUGGAGAGCUUGCUGUCUUGGAGGAGCAGGACGGGGGGAGGCUGGAGGCUUUACAGAGGCUGCAGGAGGAAAAAGAAGAGCUACAGAGACAGCUGGGUGAGAUCCAGGCAAUGUCUGAGAGUAAGAGCAUCGAUGUGACGACUCUAAAAGAGGAACACUCGGCAGCAAAGAGGGAACUCCAAGAAUCACUCACAAACUCCCUGAGCAAGAUGGCAGACAUUGUCACAGAGCUGGAAAGCACGAAAGAGGCUCUGAAAGAAGCAGAGGGAAGACGGAGAGAACUGGAGGCCGAAGUGGACAGAGUGACCGACCAGAUGAAGGAGGAGAUGGCUAAAGUGGUUCAACAGAAAGACGGGGAGCUGAGCAGAGUGAAGGAGGGGUUAGAAGAGCACCAGGAGAAGCAGUUAGCUGAAGCGAAAGCUCGGGAGGAGAAUUCAAGACUGCUGCUGGAGGUGCAGACUUCCCUCGCACAAAAAGAAGAGGAGAUGAAGGUAAUGGAGACGAGCCACGCUGCUCUGAUCAGUGAUCUACAACUGCAGACAGAAGAGAGAGAGGAGGCAGUGAAGCAGCUUGAGUUACAGAAAGGUCAGAGUGUGAAAGCCCAGGAACUGCUGGAGAAGGUCAGCCAGGAAAAAGAGGGAAUAAUGAAACAGCUCCAAGGAGAAAGAGGAGAGAAAGUUAACAUCCAGACAGCCCUUCAGGAGGACAGGGGAGCAUUGGAUGUUGAAAGGAAAAACCACGACCAGGUCCGGUCAGAGGUGCUUAGACUGCAGACAGAGCUCUUAAAAGUAGACGAAAAGAGGAAAAAUCUUCUGUCUGAAGUAGAAGUCAAAGAACAGUCCAGGCUUGCUCUGGAAAAUCAGCUAAACACAGCAGAGCAGGAUAGAAAUCGCCUCCAGUCUCGCCUGGAUGAGGUCGAACAAGGCGGCGUGAGCUUCCAGGCCCAAUUAGAGCUUACAGAGGAGAAGAUGCAGGCUCUUCAGCACGACUUGGAAGAACAGCAACAUGACAGACGGGCUCUGCAGGAGCAGGUAGAAGUACUGUCUCAGGAAAAGGUUACACUUCAGUGGGAGAUGGAGGAGCAGCGGCGGGAACUCCAGAAACAAAUAAGUGAAGCAAAGGAGAAAAGCUCCCAAAGUUCUGAGGCUGAACGCUGGAAGAAACAGUUUGAGGAGCUGUUUACUAAAGUCAAGCCCUUCCAGGAACAGCUCAAUGCAUUCGCCGCAGAGCGAAACGCACUCCUCAAUGAAAACGGAGCAAACCAGGAAGAGUUAAACAAGCUGUCAGACGCUUAUGCUCGUCUGCUGGGCCACCAGAACCAGAAGCAGAAGAUCAAACAUGUGAUGAAGCUAAAAGAUGAGAACAUCUCCUUAAAACAGGAGAUGGCGAAGCUGCGGACCCAGCUGAGCCGACAGAAGGUCGAUCUGGAGCAGCUGAAGUCAAAACUUCCUGAAGCCCCUCAUCGCAGGUUUGAUACCAGCAGAGCUUUCCAACACGACAAGGAGAACAGGAAAAGUGAAACAACUGAACCUCUCAAAGAAGGAAAUCAUUAUGUGUAAUGGAGCUGCUCUACCAGACAAGAACUCACAUCUAAUUGGCUGCCAACUUGAAUUUUUAUGGCGUGGUCUUUUGAAUACUUAUCAACAUUGUCUUUGUGCUCUUUUAUCUGCAUUUGUGCUGAAUUACUAGGUCACUUUUAUCCUUCAGAGUAUGAGGUUUUACACUGUUGUAAGGUUGAGUAUAAAUAUUUAGAGCAGUGUAUGUGCUUGUCUGUGUGUACAGGUUUUUAAAAAAUAAUGAGGACAUUAACAACUGCAAGUCUUAGCACUCACAAUCUAGAAGCAUAGUCAGCAUUAAAAUGUGUUUCUUGUAGUUUUAAUGUGUUUUAAUUGUAUCUGUGUAACUGUCUUUGCAACCAUUUCAUGUGUGGUAGCACUCUGUGAAUCUUUCUUUGUAAAUAAAGACAGAUUUUAACAUUUUUUAAACAAAA